AUGGCUCCCUCAAAGUCACAACAACCCGACUCCGAAACCUCCUCUGUCGCGGAUACUCCAAUGACUGAUGGUCGUGAGUAUGUACGCCCUCACAGACCUUCUUUUGGUCACCUCAAUCGCCCAGUAGACGAUACCCCCGACUACACCGACUCUGAUACAAAUCCCAACACUACCGCCUCUAGUGUGGCUGGAGAUACCCCUCAGGUUGAUGGUCGCAAGAAGCGCUCAGAAGCAUUUCAGCUGCGGAAAAGCAUCCUAGGAAAGAAGCAUGGGCAAUUGGACGAGUCGAAGGAAGAUGAUACUAUACGACGAUUCAAGUACUUGCUGGGUUUGACCGACCUCUUCCGCCACUUUAUCGAUGCCAGCCCAAACCCCAAGAUCAGAGAAGUGCUACAGCAGAUCGACCAAGAAAAUGCUGAAGAGGAGGCAAAGGCCCGCAAGGUCGUGUCCCGCAAAGGCGGUGCGGCAGGUGCAAACAAGCGAAAGACCGAACAGGAAGAGGAUGCUGAACUCCUCAGAGACGAGAAGCGUGGCACAGCUUCCCAGACUGUCUUUCGGGAAUCACCGGCCUUCAUUAAGGGUGGCGAGAUGCGCGACUAUCAGGUUGCUGGUCUCAAUUGGCUUAUUUCUCUUCACGAGAACGGUAUUAGCGGUAUCCUUGCUGAUGAGAUGGGUCUCGGUAAGACGUUGCAGACCAUUUCCUUUCUCGGGUAUUUGCGACAUAUCUGUGGCAUCAAAGGUCCACAUCUCAUCACGGUUCCCAAAUCCACCUUGGACAACUGGCAUCGAGAGUUCAAGAAAUGGACCCCUGACGUCGAUGUGCUGGUUUUGCAAGGUGCAAAGGAUGACCGUCAUGCCUUGAUCAAUGAACGGCUGAUUGACGAGAAAUUCGAUGUCUGCAUUACGAGCUACGAGAUGAUUCUCCGAGAGAAGUCUCAUCUGAAGAAAUUUGCGUGGGAGUACAUCAUAGUCGACGAAGCCCAUCGAAUCAAGAACGAGGAGUCCUCACUUGCACAGAUUAUCCGAAUGUUUAGCUCCCGGAACAGACUGCUUAUCACGGGCACUCCCCUUCAGAACAACCUUCACGAACUAUGGGCUCUCCUCAAUUUCUUGCUCCCUGAUGUAUUUGGAGACUCUGAAGCCUUUGACUCUUGGUUCUCUAGCCAGAAUGAAGACCAAGACACAGUGGUCCAGCAGCUUCAUCGCGUUCUAAGACCAUUCCUGCUUCGAAGAGUAAAGAGUGACGUCGAGAAGAGUCUGUUGCCGAAGAGGGAGGUGAAUCUCUACGUUGGCAUGUCCGAGAUGCAAGUCAAAUGGUACAAGAAGAUCUUGGAGAAGGACAUCGACGCCGUCAACGGCGCCGGAGGCAAGCGGGAAUCAAAGACGAGACUUUUGAACAUUGUCAUGCAGCUCCGAAAAUGCUGCAAUCAUCCCUAUCUGUUUGAAGGCGCUGAGCCGGGUCCUCCCUACACUACGGAUGAACAUCUCGUCUACAACUCUGGCAAAAUGAUCAUUCUAGACAAGAUUCUGACCCGAAUGAAGGAAGAGGGAAGCCGAGUCUUGAUAUUCUCCCAGAUGAGCAGAGUGCUAGACAUUCUCGAAGAUUACUGCGUUUUCCGAGGUCAUAAGUACUGUCGCAUUGACGGCGGAACUGCACAUGAGGACCGAAUUGCCGCCAUCGAUGAGUACAACAAACCAGACUCGGAGAAAUUCGUCUUCCUUCUCACUACCAGAGCAGGCGGUCUGGGGAUCAAUUUGACCUCAGCCAACAUUGUCAUCCUCUAUGAUAGCGAUUGGAAUCCUCAAGCUGAUCUUCAGGCAAUGGACCGAGCACAUCGAAUUGGCCAGACGAAGCAAGUCAUAGUCUUCCGAUUCGUGACAGAGAAUGCUAUCGAAGAGAAGGUCCUCGAAAGAGCUGCCCAGAAGUUGCGCCUGGACCAGCUCGUCAUUCAACAAGGGCGUGCUCAACAGCAAGUCAAGCAGGCCGCCUCCAAGGAUGAAUUAUUGACCAUGAUUCAACAUGGCGCGGAGAAAGUAUUCGAAACAAAGGGUUCAACAGGAGCACUCGACGACAUUGAUGAGAUUCUGCGACGUGGCGAAGCUCGAACAGCAGAGCUCAAUGCGAAAUAUGAGAAGCUUGGAAUUGACGACCUUCAGAAAUUCUCCUCCGAGAAUGCUUAUGAGUGGAACGGCCAAGACUUCACGAAUCGUCGAAAAGACAUUAGCCUGCACUGGAUCAAUCCAAGCAAGCGCGAACGAAAGGAACAGUCCUACUCGAUGGAUAAGUACUACAAGCAGGCUUUGUCAACGGGUGGUCGACCUGCCGAUACCAAACCCAAGAUUCCACGAGCGCCGAAACAGGUCGCUGUGCACGACUGGCAAUUCUUCCCUCCAGGUCUCCAAGAACUGCAGGAAAAGGAGACAGCGUAUUAUCACAAAGAAAUCGGCUUCAAAGUACCCCUCACAGAAGGUACGGAAGAAGAUUUGAGCGACCGCGAAGCAGAUCAGCGACUAGCUCAGAAUGAGAUUGACAACGCGGAGCCACUAACGGAGGAAGAGAAACGGCACAAAGCAGAGAUGCAGGAACAUGGAUUCGGCAACUGGAAUCGCCGCGAUUUCCAACAAUUCAUCAAUGGUUCUGCUAAAUUUGGCAGAACAAAUUACGAAUUAAUCGCGACUGAAGUCGACAGCAAGGAGCCCGAUGAAAUCGAAAAAUAUGCCAAGGUCUUCUGGAAGAGAUACACGGAAAUUGCCGAGUUCGACAAAUAUAUCAAGAACAUCGAGGCAGGUGAAGAAAAGCUGCGAAAGACUGAACGCCAGCGCAAGAUGCUGCGGAAGAAGAUGGAGAUGUACCGAGUGCCGUUGCAACAACUGAAGAUCAACUACACGGUUUCCACGACCAACAAGAAGGUCUACACCGAAGAGGAAGACCGCUUCCUGCUGGUCAUGCUUGACAAAUACGGUGUUGACGGUGAAGGGUUGUACGAGAAAAUCCGUGAUGAGAUCCGGGAAUCGCCCCUUUUCCGGUUUGAUUGGUUCUUCCUGAGCAGAACACCUGUUGAGAUUGGUCGGCGAUGCACCACCCUGCUCAACACCGUAUCCAGAGAGUUUGGAGAAGCCGAGGAGAAGCUCACAAAUGGCCAUGGCCCAGGGAAGGGACGAGGUCGUGAUCGAGAUGACGACGAAGAUGAGGAGAACGACAGCGAAGCUGCGCCCGUGAAAAAGAAGGCAAAGAAUGGCAUUGUGAAUAAACAAGUCAAGGCUGUCAAAUCUGGUCGUGGCAGCAAAGCGACUUCUCCGGCACCUUCUCGAGCGCAGAGUGUCUCAUCUACGGCGGCGCCAGCCAAUCGAUCAAAGGGAAAGAAGAAAUAA